AUGAGUCGACCACAUCACAUCACGUCAACCGCCCUGGCCAACCUUAGACAAGGCAAGGAUGAGCCAUUAAGAAAAUUCAUGGAUCAAUUCGCCAAUGUGUCUAUCCAUAUACGUAACCUCAAUCCUAAAGUCGCCUUGCACUCCAUGCUCAUGGCAUUGAAACCAGGAGCUUUCGUCAACAGCCUUUGCCGACGACCUCCUCCCGACUUGGACGAGCUCCAAGCUCGCACCAUUGGGUAUAUCCAAAUGGAGGAGCAUGCCAAGUUCUAUGAGGCAAUCCGCGGAAAAGCGCAAGGAAAGCAAGACCAAGGUCGCAAGGACAAGCUGAGGACCUCAAACAACAAUCAAUUCAAGAGACCUCGGCAUGAUAGAGGUGGGAAGUAUUAUUUUUACACUCCCUUGAAUGCAUCCCAAGUACAUAUCCUUGAAGAAGCUAGCAAUGCCAAAUUGAUCACCCUACCAUCACUUGGGCAUAGCCCUGACAGUGCGGAUAGGACAAAACACUGCCGCCACCACCAGAACUACGAACAUACAACUGAAGAAUGUCGGUCACUCAGAGAUCGGAUUGAAGAACUUGUCCAAGGCAGUCACCUCGGCUAG